AUGAUUUUGUUGAAAGGCCCUUAUAUAGAACCUGUACCGUCCACAUACGAUACAGUUACAUCGAUCUCGACUCAAAGCUACUUUUACACUGCUAUGUGUACUUCAUUGCUACCUGUAUGGAGUCACCCUGCACUCACCACGCUGCUCGAAACCAUCCUUAUACUUUCGGUUCGGGACUGUUGUGGCUACAGCUACAAGGCAAGCAUCACUCACGGCAAUCCGAUGUUGUUGGUGUCAGUGUACUUAGAAGCGAGUCGCUUCAAGAUUGACAAGAUAUGCAAGGAGGUGCUGGAACCCCUCUCAGCGCCAAUGAACAUGGAAGCCCUAACGCACCUGGCGUCCUCCUCUGAAGCAGCUGGCUGCGAACAAAUCCUCAAAGAAUGUGCAAGAGUACUCUGUGACUGUGCCUUCGCGCUGUUUUCAGGAAUGAAGCACAUGCAGUUGGGCCCACAGGCCAUGGCCUUAAUCUUAGAACACGACAACUUGCAAUUGGAUGAGAUGCAAGUUUACUUAUCGGCCGCAGCUUGGUUGCACCAAUAUAUCGAGAAUUUUGGAGAGCUUUCAGAUCCUUCAAUCAUUAUCGAAGACGCACAGUCCAUCUACAAAGCUAUCCGCUUUUGUAGCAUGUCCCCUCAGAGGCUGCAGGAUGUGCGCGAGCCCGAACUCGACUCUAUCAUCUUGAACGCUUGCCUGCGCAAGUUCUCUGGGAACGAGUGGAAGCCCAGAGUCUUUCCCUGGACGGAAAACUGUGAGUACGAGGUGCAGUGGCGAGGCUCGCUCUACCCGACAGCAAUAACACGAGCUAACAACCAGCGGGCCGGCAGGCAGUGGGCGUGGACCAUCGGGUCUCCACGCCUUGUCAGCGAAGUCCUGUACGCCACCGAGAUAGUGCGCACUGAGAAGGGGGCCAUACAUGUAGGAGUUGCUACAGACGACCACGGGAACAAGGGCAAACUGGCGUGUUACUUCGACCACGAGGCCAAGGCCUUCGUUACGGCAAGUAUCGGGACUGAUCCACUAACCUCAAUGAAAGCCUCGUUCGUGCUACCUCAUAAAGUACCAGUUGUAAGCCAGCCAGGGGACUAUGCAACCCAAGUAUUUUGGUGCAUUUUUAGUAGAAAACCGAAUGGACGCGCCCCUCGCAGCUUCUUGACAGUGCAUGGGUGCUCUAUAUUUUUAACUUGGCUUUUCUGCGGUUUCGCACGUUUCUUGUUUGCAGUCCUAUCCGUGCCGAAUUCUUAA